CGUUCGCUGGCAACGGCGGAAAACGGAGCGGGAAGGACAAGAUGCUUCGAUAGUUGUCAAUUAUUUUUUGGGAAUUUGUUUGCUACUCUUAGAAACAUGGACUACUUCUUGUUAAGUACUUUAAAGUUUAUAUAGUGUAAAGGGAAAAAAACGCGUUCACAGAGUUUCUCGUGUGAUUAGCACUACUGUAUGUUCAUGUUUGCUAAUGUGCGUAAAUGUACAUGAAAGCUAUUGGGCGAGUUGUCCUUACUUUGGGAAAGAUUCCGAUUCCGUACAAUUCAGUCGACGGGUGCUUUGGAAUUGAUCCCUGUCAAUGGCCGCCAAAGAUGAUUGGCAGCAUCCUUUCGUCAACAUAUUCAAACAUUUCCGACUUUUGGAGUGGCAAAAGGCAUCCAAAGAAGGAGAUGUAACACUAUACAAGGACAAGACCCUCAACAGUACAGCGAUUCGAAUCAGGGGUGCCGUACCUGACAAUAGUUGCAUACGGAUUCCUAAAAACACGCACCAGUCUCUGGCUCUAACAGGACGAUAUUUCUACGUCCUCUUCAAGCCCAAUCCUGGAAAACCGUUUUUGAUCGUCCUGGAUGUCACAGCAGAGGAUGGCCGCGUGAUUCGCAUCUCCAUCUCCAACAUGUUCAAAGAGUUCAAGUUUACCUCCACGUCGCUUCUCUUUCCGUUCCAGUGCGGAUCUGAAUUUGAUUGGAUCACCAAAACGGCCAAGUUUCCACAGCAACGUUACAGACCUCCAGAAGCCCCCAAGGUCCUCUGGACCUGCCUGGCGAUGGAUCUGCAGCAUACACUCGCUACCUACCUCAACCAUCUCUCUUACUGUAGCCUUAAAAGCGUCAAGCUCUGCGCCUACAUGUCUGUUAAAAACGCUUUUACCAGCGACCUGCUGCUGAAUCCCGAGGUUUCCUACCGUGAUGCAAAGCUGAUGGGCCUGCCCGCUUCCGACGGCGCUGGACCUAUGCCCAGAGAAAUGAUGUUUCCUGUGCCCAAGGGUUCCACCUGGCAAAAUUGCUACAAUCAUAUCAGGUUCCCAUUAGAAGGAGAUCUGAACUGUGGUAUCAUACGAAAAGGUCCUUCCAAGAUGGAGACCCCAAGCCUCAUGGAAGAUGAACGCCAAUCCCAAAACCCAGAAUUAGUGAUCAUACCGCAACUACCUGAAGUCGUCACCGCUGUCAGGAACGAGCCGCGGCCCGAGCAGGAAUCGACGCCGUCCAGUCGACGCUCUACUCCGCCGCCGAUUGUGACUGAGGAGGACGAAUUCAGCCAACUCGAAGAGGAGGUUGCUGAAAGCCCAAAGGAAAUUCAGAAGCUGUUGCCUGAUCCGAUUCUCCGGCUCAAAAGAAUCAUCGGUUUUGGAGGAGCCACCGCCAAAUGUGCUUUAUGGACCAUGUCGGGCGAUUCGGUGGUCUAUCCAUGUCACGCCAUUGUGGUCUCCAUGAAGAUCGACUCCAACGAGCAGAGAUUCUUCAUUGGCCACACCGAUAAGGUUUCUGCUCUGGCUUUUAAUGGCAACACUACAUUGCUGGCCUCCGCGCAAAGUGGACAUUACUGCGUGGUUCGGAUAUGGAAUUACCUCAAAGGAAAUUGCAUGGCUAUGCUCAGGAUGCAAUCUCAUUCAGUCACGUCACUAAGCUUCUCAUACAGCGGCACCAUUCUGUGCGGCGCCGGAAAAGACAGCCGCGGCAAAACGUUGGUGGUCGUAUGGAACACGGCUAACGUUGGCAACGGCGGCGAAGUGAGUCUCUUUGCCAAGACCAAAAUGGAUGUGGACAUUAAAGCCAUGAAAAUUGCCAACUUUGAUGAGACAAGGCUGGUGUCGUGCGGUCACGACAGCAUUCGUCUGUGGCGGGUACGCAAAGGCACACUGCGCUCCUGCCCGGUCAACCUCGAUGAAUACGGCCCGCUGGACUUCACCGACGUGGCCUUUGAGGAGGGAAACUCGCCCCAAGAGCAUCUUGACGAUAGGCUGCUGUUUGCCAGCUGCAGGAGCGGACACAUUUUUGAAAUUGACUACGCCCGAGUUGUCAUUAGAAAUGUCAGAUGGUUGUUCCCUGUGCAGCAGCAGGAGAAGUGGCCUCUCAACAAAGCUCCUGGCAUCGCCAUCAACAGCCUCAGUGUGUGCUCAACCUUCUGUGCCACUGGCUCCGAAGAUGGCUUCCUCCGCCUUUGGCCUCUGGAUUUUUCCGCUGUCGUCUUGGAAGCUGAGCACGAGGGCCCCGUGAGCUUGGUAUCUGUGUCAUCAGACAGCACGCGCGUCCUGACCGCCACCUUUACCGCUAACCUGGGGUUCCUAGAUGUGAGCAGUCGGGGUUACAACACGCUGAUGAGGUCGCACACGGGCGCCGUGCUCGGCUUCAGCGUGGACGCCAUUCGCCGGCAUCUCACCACCGCCUCGGCCGACGGCUCCGUGCGCAUUUGGUCCAUGGACUCCUUGCAGCAGAUGUUUGACUUUGUGUCAGAGGAUAAACCAUGUUCGGUGGCUUUUCACCCAAGCGAGCAGAUCUUCUCCUGUGGCUUUAGCUCGGGCGUCGUCCGAGUCUUUGAUAACUCCUGUGGCAAACUCUUGGCCGAGCACGACCACCACAGAGGCGAAGUGGUGGGCCUCGCCUUCUCCCCCGACGGCGACUGCAUGUACAGCGCUGACUCCGAGGGCUCCCUGGCGCUCUACAACUCCUGCGACAAUGACAGCCACGCCAUCCGAGUCGUCUGUGGUGUGGUGGCCCGAGGCAGCGGGCGCGCUCCGGAUGCUCUCACGGUGAGCUGCGACAGCCGCUGUCUGGCUUUCGUUGGGCCCUCAGAGUACACCAUCACCAUCGCCGACGCGCUGUCACUAGAAGAGUCGCUCCGUCUGGAUGUGAGUAUUUUGGAUUCGGAGAGCACCUUUCUGGACUCGGCCAUGAAGGUCUGCUUCUCCUCAGCCUCCCCCGAGCAUUUGUUGGUAGCGACGUCUGCUAACAAAAUCCUCUGGGUCAACACCAAGACGGGCAGUCUGCUACGGCAGGUGUCCAAGGUCCACAAGCACUGGUGUUCCUCUCUGGCUGUGAGCAACGACAGAAAAUAUUUGGUCACGGCGGGACAUAAUGCAAUUAAAGUGUGGGAUUAUAACAUGCAUUUUAGUAUGAACUCGCAGACGUUUAUAGGUCAUAGUCAGCCCAUCAACCAGGUGAGCUUUACCCCUGGACAACAAGGCGUGGUCUCAGUGGGGGACGCCAUUUUCCUUUGGGACUUCCUGGCACACACAGCGGACUUUCCGCAGACCUUCCGAUUAUCGCCGGGCUUUCCGUCAGCCUCAGCAGCGGAUGAGAUGCCUCGAGAAAGGGCGCCGCUACCCGCGUCUCCUCCGCCGCCACUGGAUGCCAGCGUCACAGACUCCACCGAGGUUGAGCUGGACGACGACUUGAGCGAUGGACCGUCAACUCCACUAGUAGUCACAGCCACCGAUUCAGAGCCGAGCUCUCAUUUCGAUCCCGCCACCACGCCCUUCUUGAAAAUCACUGAACUCGCCAAUAGCUUCAGACUGAGUUGCAAACUUCCAAGCCAUGAUUUCACUGGGAAGAAGCCGGUGCAUCCAGAUUGUUAUCGACACUUCAUACCGCGAUUUAAAACAUCCACUCGUGAUGAGACGGCUGUGACUCCUCAUCCAGGCAAAGCGGGUAUGACACUGAAGUCAGUAAUCGGUUACAAUGGCAACGGGCGUGGCAACCUGGUUUGGAGCCCUGACCAAGGUUUAUUUGCAUACUCAUGCGGGGGUGUGGUGGUGGUGGAGAAUGUCAACUCGGGGCAUCAGAGACAUUUGCAGGGCCACGGGGAAGAGAUCUCUUGUCUUGCCAUCUCAAACGACGCUCAGAUUUUGGCCUCUGCCACAAGCAAAAGUGCCAGCGAGAGCCUCAUUCGCAUUUGGGCCCUCCAGAGUGGCGCUUGUCUCAAUACCGUUUCCUACCACAGAGGGGCAGUGCAGAAUCUCACUUUCUCCAAAGAUGAUCGCUUUUUCCUCUCCGUAGGAGACUUCUCAGAUCCAUCAAUGGCCGUGUGGUGCGGCGCCACCUUCCGGAUGCUCUCCAGUGAGGGUGUGUUGGGGCCGAUCCACGACGCAGCCUUCAGCCCCUCGGCGACCGGCCAGCUGGCCUGCGUAGGCAGCCAAGGGGUUUACUUCGGCCUCUUCACUGACAGCGGCCAAGAUGGAGACCUCAAACUCCAGAGAGCGAGGGCACCAGUAGAGGUGGGCGACGUGGAGCUGACGUCUCUGUCCUACCAUUCGGACAUCUUGCUGUUCACCGCGACCAGCAGAGGACACAUCUGCGCUUGGGACAUCAAGACACAAAGCUGCUUUAUGACAUGGGAGGCCGACGAGGGCGAAAUUGGUGUGUUGCUGUGUCGAGCAAACAGCCUAUUGACGGGCAGCAACACCCACUGGCUGCGACUGUGGGAGGUCGAAGCUGUGCCGCGGCGUAUGAAGCUUCUGGCCAAGAAAAAAGAGUGCUUGACGUCGGUGGUGCUAAAGCAGGAGAUCAUGCUGGACGGUACGGCAGUCAGCGCCGCCUUUGACAACACGAUGGACAUGGGCAUCGUUGGAACCACCAUGGGAACAUUGUGGUACGUCGACUGGUCGGACAACAGCAGCAUUCGCCUCGUCAGCGGCCACAAUGAUAAGGUGAACGAUUUGGCCUUUCAGGCGGAUGAGAGCCAUUUUGCCACUUGCAGCCAAGAUGGCAGUCUGAGGGUUUGGACGAACCCCACCAAUGAACUGGUGGUGCAGUUCCAGGUGCUUAAUCAGCCGUGUACGUGUGUGUGCUGGAGUCCGUCUCCGGGCGUACAGCGUGUGCGCGUGGCGGCGGGCUACAGUGACGGCACCCUGCGUGUCUUUAGCCUCGCCUCCGCAGAAAUGGAGCGCAAGUUGCAUCCCCACCGCGUUGCAGUCACCGCCAUCCAGUACUCCGCCAAUGGUGAUGUGAUCCUGUCUGGCGGCAAGAACGGUCUCAUAGCUGUCAGCCGCGCCCUGGAUGGAUCAACCAUCCGUGUUUUCAGGGAUCACAAAGGAGCGGCCAUCGCCACCAUCCAGUGUGUUCGUGAACAGUGUAAGGACUUUGGAUUAGUGGGGAACGAGCUGUGGUUGGCUGCCAGCCUUGACAGGCGCGUCAGCGUCUGGGCGGCUGAUUGGUUCAAGUGCAAAUGCGCUUUACUCGACUGGCUCACGCUUCCCGCUCCUCCAUAUUGCCAGGAUGACAGCCCACCACCGAGCCUGGCGGCCUUCUGCCCAACAGACCCCGGCCUGCUCAUCUACACAGGUUACGGAACUGAGAAAGAGCUCAGUUUCUACAGCCUCUACAAAAAAACGAUCAUCAAAAAGAUCGCUUUGCCUCACUGGGCCACAUGCUUCAGCCUCUCCUCCAAGAGUCAACUCAUAGCGUUGGGGUCAAAAGAGCGGGUGUUGAAGCUGAUCGAUUGGACCAGCGGCAAGUUCCAGGACUUCUUAGAACACAGCGAUUCGUUGCAGACGUGUCGUUUCUCGCCUUCAGGGACACUCCUCUUUUCUGUGGCUCAUAAUGAGAUUCUGCUGUGGGAGGUGAAUGGCCUCUGAGAAGGCGCUGUUGUUGUUUUUUUUCUCCCAAAGUUUGAACCUUGUAGGUUUAUGUGCCUCGACGUCUUAAUGCAUUCUCAUCUUUUAUCUUUGUAGGAUGAAUUUUGAGUAAAGAUAGUUAAAAGAUUUUGACACUUUGCGGCAAAUGUAUUAUUUGAAAAUACAGAUUAGACAUUUUCAUUUUAUUCUUGAAUGUACGUAUUACCCAAUAGGCAAUUCUUCUUUUUGUUGCUCCUCAGAAUUUGAAUAUAAAAGUGAGAAAUAUUUCA